CCGCAUGGAAGCCGGAGGAGACGCACUGUAGGCGCAGAUAUCCGCUCCAAGACGCAAACCGGAGGCGCACAGCUGCGGGUCAGGAUGAAGGUGCACAUCGUGUUGCCGUUGACCAUAGUCGUGUCCGUCGCCCUGCUGGGGUUCCUCAAGGUGCUGAAGAAGGAGGAGGUGAAGCAGGAAAAACGCACCCGGUUCCAGGAGAUCAAGGUCCGGGUGAGCGCCGACGUCCUGGAGGAGUAUCUGAAGGAGAAGGCCGAGACGGAGCAGCGAUUGCGGAAGGCCGAGGAGGAGCAGAGGACCCUGGAGGAGCAGAUGAACGCCCUGAAGGCCAAAGAAGAGAAGGCCACGAAGGAUGUGGACAUCUGCAAGGCAGAGACGAAAACUGAGACGGAUCAACUGGCUGCAGCAGAGGCAGAAGUAAACAAGCUGAAAGGCGAACUUGAGAAGGAGAGCAGCAGCUGGAAAACAGAACAAGAAGCACUGAAGCAGCAGCUAGAAAAACAGAGUCCAGUGUGCAACUAUGUGAAAGAAGAAUCGGCAGCACAAACAAGAACUUUGUGUGCUGGUGAAGCCCAGAAAAAGAAGAACCAAAGGCUGAAGAACCUAAAAGAAGAACCAAAGGCUGAAGAACCUAAAAAAGAAGAACCAAAGGCUGAAGAACCUAAAAAAGAAGAACCAAAGGCUGAAGAACCUAAAAAAGAAGAACCAAAGGCAGAAGAACCUAAAAAAGAAGAACCAAAGGCGGAAGAACCUAAAAAAGAAUAACCUAACGGAGAAGCUCCUAAACAAGAACAUCCCAAGGCAGAGGCUCUUAAGUUGAGAUGAGGUAUUGGUUCUUGUGAAUUUCUCCUCUUCAGAACUUUCACUGCCACAUCUGUUAAAGAAAGACAGUUUGUGAUUGAGUGAAGCCAGAGUCCAGCUUGUUGUUUUUGUCGGAUUCUUGAGUGUGUUUAUUUGGACAUGAGCAUCCUGAAGGUCUACAACAGGAAGUCUAUGGGUUAAAGCGACACGUUGAGCAUAAAACCAGAGUUUACGGGUGUUUUAAACCUGCUAAAACUCCAUUUUAACCGAUGCAGGUGAUGAGGUUGACAUUUAAAAGCGUCUCCCUUUGAGCAGUUAUCAUCCUGACAGAUACAGAUUGAAGUUUUCUUCUGCAGAUAAUGCCUUAAUGCAAUGGAAACUGACAUGCAUUCACCUGGUAAUACAGAAAAUACAUGAAUAUGUUGUUAUGUUUGGUGAGUAGUCCAUUUAAUGUUGCUGCUAAUAGACCACAGAUUGGAAAACUGCUUUUUCUGUUGGUACUUAUCUGCAAGAAUUGUCAAUUAUUAACAUUAUUUUCACUCAAAAAAUUGUGAUUUCUUCAUUAUACAACAGCAUCAGACCUGAAUUCACUUCAAUAUCAUGCUUAAAUCCAUGAAAUUUAAAGUUUCAGAGCUCUGAAUUGAGUCACUGUGUGGUUAAAUAAAUAUAGCUGUUACUCUAUUGCAUGUUAUGCAAUAGCAGCACUUUUUACCGCAAUAAAUCUGCUGAUUUUGUGCAAAAAAGACUCCAAAAUUGCACCAAUUUUCCUCUUUUAAUUACUUCAAAUGCAAAAAAACCUGGUUAGCAAAGAAAAUUGAUUAUCUUUGACUGGGAUUUUAGUUUUUUUUUUUUAAGCCGACUAACUCAAAAAAUAUCCUGGCUUUUUCAAACUUGCUUCAUAGUGCUGAGGAAUCUGGUUGUCUGACAGAUCUGUGAUUGGUUACUGAUUAAUGAACGCUUUCGCAAACUCCUGAACACUCCCUUAACUGUUGGCCAUAAAAUGAAUGACAGAGUUUCCCUCCCAAACUUAAACAGGCCAACACCUGCAUGUUUUCUCUCGUCUAAAUAACUUUCCCGUAAAGCUGCAGAGACAUUUUCUCUGCUUUGUUUGAGUUUCUGUUCCACUGACUUAAGACAGAAACCUGCAACUGAAUCCCGGUUUCUUUGAGAGUCAUACAGCUUCACUUUCACUGCUGGACCAGAUAUGUAUUGCAGAAAUCUGUCAUUUAAUUCAUGCUUGCCGAAAGGAGCUAUUCAGAUCUUGACCUUUCCUUUUUUUUCAGGACAACUGACGUCACUUUUAUGGUUCACAUGUUUCCAAUUAUAGAAUUAUAGAGUUCAGCUGCAGAUAACUGCAGUUUAAUUGCGACUAGUUGAAGUUUUCCUCAAUUAAACCUAUCUACAUUGUCUGUUUAGAUUCUUAAAUUAAGUUAGAACUGGUCAGAAUGAUGCUCUAGAACCUCAAACUGAAUCACAAUUAGUUGGAAUGUAAUUACAGCUAACUCUAGUUAGAGCUUUGAUGCCAAAAUUACGUUGCAGAUAUCUAGAGUUACGUCGAGCUGCACCAGUUUUACCUCCAUGUCAGAGCAGGCUAAGGACGAAGGUCUGGUAAAUAUGGACGACAAGAUUUCAAUGAACAUAGCUCUGGUUCUCCAGAAACUCAUAGCUUUUUAACCAAACCACCUCAUCCACCAUUACCGCUGCUGGACAAACAUCCAAUGAAGAAACAUCAUAGCAAGUCAGUCUAGUCAUAAUGACAUUAGUCAGUUUGAGCUACAAUAACGGCUGCAGAGAUCUCAAACUGACUGGUUAGAAUUAUCUGUAAUUUUAGUUCUGUAUAGUCCAGCUCGAUGCUAAAUGCUUAAAGGGUUCAAAGCUAGCAUGCUAGCUAAACCCAACUAGCAUAUCUGGGUUUAAGAAAUCUGAUGAGAUAAUUUCUUGAAUUUCUGCUCCUGUCCAUGCAAACACACUCAACCUAGCUUCUAAAGUACUUACAACUGUAAAUUAUUCUUCUAUUUUCAUGUGUUAUUCAUUUUUAUGCAUCCAAAUGAAAAAAGGUUGAAGUUAUGGGUGUUUUGGUGUUGGUCAUGUUAAUUUUUUUAGUUUUCAAUGUUGGCGUAAAAUUCUUUCUCUAAUAAGCUGACUGUGUUAAAAAAAGAAGAACCAAAGGCAGAAGCUCUUAAACCAGAAGAACCCAAACAUAGAAUACCCAAAGGUGGAAGAACCCAAACAUAGAAUACCCAAAGGCGGAAGAACCCAAAAGUAGAAUGACAAAAGGCGGAAGAACCCAAAAGUAGAAUGACAAAAGGCGAAAGAACCCAAAAGUAGAAUGACAGAAGGCGAAAGAACCCAAAAGUAGAAUGACAAAAGGCCGAAGAACCCAAAAGUAGAAUGACGAAAGGCGGAAGAACCCAAAAGUAGAAAGCCCAAAGGUGGAAGAACCCAAAAAUAGAAAGACAAAAGGCGGAAGAACCCAAAAGUAGAAAGGCGGAAGAACCCAAAAAUAGAAAGACAAAAGGCGGAAGAACCCAAAAUAGAAAGACAAAAGGCGGAAGAACCCAAAAGUAGAAAGGCGGAAGAACCCAAAAGUAGAAUGCCCAAAGGCGGAAGAACCCAAAAGUAGAAUGACAAAAGGCGGAAGAACCCAAAAGUAGAAUGACAAAAGGCGGAAGAACCCAAAAGUAGAAUGACAAAUGGCGGAAGAACCCAAAAGUAAAAAGACGAAAGGCGGAAGAACCCAAAAGUAGAAUGAGGAAAGGCGGAAGAACCCAAAAGUAAAAAGACGAAAGGCGGAAGAACCCAAAAGUAGAAUGAGGAAAGGCGGAAGAACCCAAAAGUAGAAUGAGGAAAGGCGGAAGAACCCAAAAGUAGAAUGAGGAAAGGCGGAAGAACCCAAAGUAGAAUGACGAAAGGCGGAAGAACCCCAAAGUAGAAUGACGAAAGGCGGAAGAACCCCAAAGUAGAAUGACGAAAGUCGGAAGAACCCCAAAGUAGAAUGACGAAAGUCGGAAGAACCCCAAAGUAGAAUGACGAAAGUCGGAAGAACCCCAAAGUAGAAUGACGAAAGUCGGAAGAACCCCAAAGUAGAAUGACGAAAGUCGGAAGAACCCAACCCGAAAUAAAAAGACCAAAGGCGGAAGAACCAAAGGUGGAAGCUCCAAAACUGUCGAUGCAAACACACUCAACCUAGCUUUUAAAGCACUUACUAACCGCACUAUUAUCAUUUUAUUUCUAUGCGUUAUUUAUUUUUGUGCAUCAGAAUGAAAAAGGUUUAAGUUGGGGAUGUUGGUCGUACAUUUUUUUUGUUUGUUUGUUUUUGAUGUUGGUGUAAAAUACUUUUUCGAACUAACCGACCAUGUUUUGCUUUGACGCUCACAAAGAAAUCAUUGUGAGAACUGAAGAAUGUUACUGACUAAACAGGACUGACAGUAAAAGUUCUCCGUCAGUCACUAACUCAGGGCAGCAGCAGGGUUUGUCUGCUGUAAUUCAGCUGAUUUAUGGCACCGGCUGUGCACUGGCUUUGUUUAAACACGGGGGUUGUAUGUCUGCAAUAUGUUCUAAAUGAUCGGUCUAAGUUAAAAAAAAAAAAGAAAUAAACGAAACUAUCAAUGA